AUGGUAUCGAAUCCCGGCACAUCCGUUGACGCUCAAACGCAUAAGAACCUCGCAUUCUGCAAUAGGCGAGAUCACGUUGGCUGCGGUUCCUCCAUUAAUAAGGCCGAUGUUGACGUUUGUCACGCCCAGCAGAUCAUCGCGCGGCCAGUUGGUGGUGGAGAGUUGGUACAUCAACUUGAUGAGCAGGUUGUUUGCGUCCUGGCCGAGUUCUGGAUAUCCAGAAUGGGAAGACACGCCAUGAACUUUAAGUUUAAAGUAGUAAACACCCUUGUGGCCGAUAGCAAGCUUGUUCUCGGUUGGUUCACCAAAGACGACAUGUUUCCAGCUGGCCUUGAUGCUCUCGUCGACCGCUUGCAUUCCGUCUCCGCCAGUUUCCUCGCCAACAACAAACAGGAGAGCAACAUCUCCUUCAUGAAUAAGCUGUUCUUGGAAGAGUUCCGAAAACGCUGUGAUUUGUGCGGCAACCGAAGCCUUUGCAUCACAAGAUCCACGUCCGUAAAUACGCUCGCCGUCGUCAUAGUAACCGAUAUACGGAGGAACAGUGUCGAUAUGACUGGUAAGAAGCACGGUAUUAUCUCUGGUAGUUCCGAAGUAAGCGUAAAUAUUGUUUCUUCCGUUAGAAUUGAUGGUCUCAACGGUCAAACCAAGAGUCUGAAGAUAGUCCACCAAGAAGUCAGAGACUUCCUGUUCAUGGAAACUCAGACUCUCUGUUUGCACGAGUUUUUUGUGGAGCGGAAACAGUCCCAAUUCCUGCGUCUGAACGCCCAAUGGCAUUUCAUCGCCGUCAAUAUUGAGGUUCACGUUCGUGUUGACAUUAAGAUUGAUAUUGAAAGGGAGUGCAACAGCGGUGCAGGCCCAAUAUAG